GGACCGUAUUCUCAGUGACACCAGCCCGAACUUCCGCUCUCUCGGACACGUCAUUCAUUCGCGGAAGGAAUACUCCUUGCAAAAACCCUGUAGUGGCAUUCUUUCUUGUCAAUUAGUCCUCAAAGCCCACUCGAAAACAUGUCCAACUCGGUGAUAUCAGUGAUCUCCCGGUUCCUGGAGGAAUACAAGACCACUACACCAAACAAGCUGAAAGUAGUGGACGCCUAUCUGCUUUACAUUCUGCUCACGGGGGCUCUACAGUUCCUGUAUUGUCUGCUUGUGGGAACCUUCCCCUUCAAUAGCUUCUUAUCGGGCUUCAUCUCGUGUGUCGGCUCGUUCAUUCUCGCAGUGUGCCUUCGUAUCCAGAUCAACCCAACGAACAAGGGCGAGUUCCAGUCGGUCUCUCCGGAGAGGGCCUUCGCUGACUUCUUGUUUGCUCACACCGUCCUCCAUCUUGUCGUGAUGAAUUUCAUCGGUUGAUACCCUUCUGAACCCGACCCUCCUGUCUCAACAUUGCAGAAUUACAGAGAAGAUGACCUACUGAGUCCCAAAAUCUCAAUUUCUACCGCCACAGAGGAUUCCGGCACAAUUUGGAAAGUUUAUGGUCCGACACACUGUUCUGUUGCUGUACGUUUGCCCUUCUUUUAUUUUGUUACUUCUCAAUUUGUAAAUCAUUCCGUUUUGCACUUAAUCAAACAGAAAUAAAAAAACACCAAACAUA